AGCGGGCAUCUGCACCAGAAACGGUAGCGUUAAGGAAGUUUAUUUAGUGCGGGCAACAUAGUUUCCCCUGUCCCAAGUUUUGUCCUCCGCCCAGCAGUAAACAACUUCCAACACUUGAGAAGUGCCAGGGAACACGCUCAGCUCCCGGGGAGGCCGCGAUAGGUUUAUUUGCUCCCCACAGUGAGGUAGGAAUUCAAGUUGUUUUCAUUGGCUAGGUGUCUAGGGGCCUCAGCAGCCUUCUGGACCAACUGUCAUUCUCCUGCCUUCAGUUCGGAAGCCCUCGAUUACUUUGUAACAAAAGUGUGCAAGUUAUUUCUCCGCAUCAGACUCUGCCUCUGGGCUGUCUCUCCCGUUCCAGAGCCACGGAACGUGUUCGGGCCCGCGGCAGGGGGCGGGGGUCGCGCCUCCGCCUCGGCUCUGGUUCCAGCCGAGCCUCACUGACGCCGCCGAGAUGGAAAUCCCGAGGCUGCUCCCCGCUCGCGGGACACCACAGGGCGGCGGCGGCGGCGGCUGCUGCCCCGCGGGUGGCGGCGGGGUCCACCGAGCCCCGGACUCUCUGGCUUGUCAGGCCCCCACGCGCCGCCUCCUACUGCUCCGGGGGGCCCAAGAUGGCGGGCCGGGGCCGCGGAGCGCAGAGGCCCAGAGGGCCUCACGGGGCCUGGGCCCGAGCCCCAGCACGAACCGGUUGGCGCCCAGGCCGGAUCACCCGAGCCGCGGCGACGGCGACGGCGGCGGCGGCGGCGGCGGAGGAGGAGGAGGAGGAGGAGGAGGCGGAGGCGGCGGCAGAGGAGGAGGCGGCGGCGGCGGCGGCGGCGGCGGCGACGGCGACGACUUCUUCCUGUUGCUGCUUGACCCGGUGGGUGGCGAUGUAGAAACAGUGGGCUCGGAACAGGCCGGAGGAGGAGGAGGAGGAGGAGGAGGAGGAGGAGGAGGAGGAGGAGGAGGAGGAGGAGGAGGAGGAGGAGGAGGAGGGCCGGUGUGGAGGGAGGAGGCCGAGGCAGGCCCGGGGCCCGAGCGGCGGCGCGAGAGCGGCGCGAACCCCGCGGGGCGGCCCGAGCCGGGCCCCCGCUGCCUGUCGGCCGUCCCGGCUGCGUCGCCGCUCCCCGCGGCGGGCCCGGGCGCGGGCCCCGCGGCGGCCUUCGCGGGCACCAUCACUAUCCACAACCAGGACUUGCUGCUGCGCUUCGAGAACGGCGUCCUCACCCUGACCACGCCCCCGCUGCCGGCCUGGGAGCCGGGGGUCGCGCCUUUCCCGCAGCCGCCGCCGCCGCCGCCGGGGGGACUGAUCGCCCCGCAGGCCGGGUUUCCGCCCGCCGCCGCGGCGCAGCUGGGCGACUGCCCCGAGCUGCCACCGGACCUCCUGCUGGCGGAGCCGGCGGAACCCGCGCCCGCCCCGGCGCCUCCGGAGGAGGAGGCCGAGGCCCCGGCCGCCGCCCAGAGCCCCCGCGGGCCUCUGGUCCCGGGCCCGGGCGUGGUGCUGUACCUGUGCCCGGAGGCGCAGUGCGGACAGACCUUCGCCAAGAAGCACCAGCUGAAGGUGCACCUGCUGACACACAGCAGCAGCCAGGGCCAGCGGCCCUUCAAGUGCCCCCUGAGCGGCUGCGGCUGGACCUUCACCACGUCUUACAAGCUCAAGAGACACCUGCAGUCGCACGACAAGCUGCGGCCAUUUGGCUGCCCGGUGGAGGGCUGUGGCAAGAGCUUCACCACCGUGUACAACCUCAAGGCGCACAUGAAGGGGCACGAGCAGGAGAACUCCUUCAAGUGCGAGGUGUGCGAGGAGAGCUUCCCCACGCAGGCCAAGCUCAGCACCCACCAGCGCAGCCACUUCGAGCCCGAGAGGCCUUACCAGUGUGCGUUCUCUGGCUGCAAGAAGACGUUCAUUACUGUGAGUGCCCUGUUUUCUCAUAACCGCGCCCAUUUCAGGGAACAGGAACUCUUUGCCUGCUCUUUCCCUGGCUGCAGCAAGCAGUAUGACAAGGCUUGCAGGCUCAAGAUUCACCUGCGCAGCCACACGGGAGAGAGACCUUUCCUUUGUGACUUUGACGGCUGUGGCUGGAACUUCACCAGCAUGUCCAAGCUCUUAAGACACAAGAGGAAGCACGACGACGACCGCAGGUUCACCUGUCCCGUGGAGGGCUGUGGCAAGUCCUUCACCAGGGCCGAACACCUGAAAGGCCACAGCAUCACCCACCUGGGCACGAAGCCUUUCGUGUGCCCCGUGGAAGGCUGCUGUGCCAGGUUCUCCGCCCGGAGCAGUCUCUACAUCCACUCCAAGAAGCACCUGCAGGACGUGGGCACUUGGAAAAACCGUUGCCCCGUCUCCACCUGUAACAAACUCUUCACGUCCAAGCACAGCAUGAAGACCCACAUGGCCAAGAGGCACAACCUCAGCCAGGACCUCUUGGCCCAGCUGGAAGCCGCCAACUCCCUGACGCCCAGCAGCGAGCUCACCAGCCAGGGGCAGAACGAUCUCAGUGGUGCAGAGCUGGUGUCUCUCUUCUCCGAUGUGCCUGGCCACAGUUCUGCUGCGGUGCUGGACACGGCCUUGGUCAAUUCUGGGAUCUUGACUAUUGACGUGGCCUCUGUGAACUCGACUCUCGCGGGAGGUCUCCCUGCCGAUGAUAAUAACCAUUCCUUAGGGCAAGCGGUGGACCCCCGGGCCCUGAGGGCCCCCAGUGACCUUCCCCAGAGUCUGGAUACCUCUCUCUUCUUCGGAACCUCGGUGACUGGUUAUCAGCAGAGCCCCUUAGACAUGGACGAUGUCUCCGCCGGAAACGUGGGGCUCUUUGGCUCCUUGGCUCUGAAAAACUCAAGCCUGGAGCCCCAGGUUUUGACGCCCAGCAAUAAGUUAACCGUGGACACGGAAGCUCUGACCCCCUCCAGCACCCUCUGUGAAAACAGUGUCUCCGAACUACUGACCCCUGCCAAAGCCGAUUGGAACGUGCAUCCCGAGGCUGACUUCUUUGGGCACGAGGAAGAAACCCAGUUUGGAUUCUCCAAUCCAACAGGAAGCCAUGGUUCUCAGAAAGAAACAGAUCUGAUCACGGUGACUGGCGCCCCCUUUUUGGUAUGAACCCACUCUGCCUGUGCCCUGCCUUGUGGCUCACUUUUAUGACGCUCCAAUCUGAGGAUGUUCGGGAUGGAGUGCUUACGUGCAGUCGUUUCUUGCUGCCUCGCGAAGGAACGCGUCUGUGGACUUCAAAUUUAGAGAUUUAAAUUCUCAUCCCGAGUCUGGAACUGAUGAGUUCUGUGACCGUGAGCAAGUCUCUUAACCUAGCUGAGCCUUAAUUUUUUUUUUUUUUUUACGUAUAAAGGUGGUGAUUUGGUUAGAUUUCUUCUCUCUUUUCAGCUCUUUAGAUUCUUGAUAUUAAGUGUUUUCUUCCUUGAAAUUUAUUGUGACACCCCAACAACGAUAUGCUCUUAUUUUGUAUAUAAAGUAAUUUAAGUUGUGUGAUGGUGAAUACAUACUUUGCACUUGACCUCAUCAGUUGUAAUUCCAUGAAUCAUCUUAUUUGUCGUUGUUCUCUUCCCUUUUUUAGUACUAUUUUUGAAGGAGCACCAGAUAUUAGUUAGUAAUAAAUAUUCAGUACAGAUCUUCAGAAUGCAUUGGUCUUUAGAAAAAAAAUUAUUAUAAUAAUUUUUUGUAUUAAUUAAAAUCCGUGUUUUCAACUUCAUAUUGUCAUAUAAAUGCUACCUGGUUUAAUUAUCUUUAAUGUUCUGAAGGUUAUUUUAAUCUCUAUGUUCCAUUUCCCCCCUUAAGAAUUUAUUCCUUGAAAGUAAUUAUUUUUUGAGUAGAAUCUGCCACAUCCCGUCUUAUUUUUGAUGAUUGUGUCCUUGUUUCACUGGAUUUUCUCAAUUUUGUAAUGAUAUUGAUCAUAUUCAAAUAUUAUUUUUGCAUGGAUGUUUUAUAGGUUGCCCUGUGUUCUUUUAUUAAUUUCCUUAUACUGUCUCCCUUUCCUUUCAUGAUACUGAGAGCCUUUGCUGAUCAAGACAUUUGUUUGUGAUUCCUUUUGCUUCUGAUAUGUUGAAUUGUUCUUGUACAAUCGCUAACACUUAGGGGAGAAGGAAAUGUUGUUUAGAACACUUAGGAAAGUUUAUAAUAGAAAUAUUAUUCAGUGCCGGCAUAUUUUCUUAAAUGAUGUUAAAACUAACAAGACAAAAUAGCAAAGAGAAUUGUGUUUCCUGUUGUCAUUGUUGAUAUUUCUGACAUCUUUUGGGGGUAGUAGGGAGGCUGUGUUUUAAAAUUGCCAUCUAGGACUUUGACAUGAAAGAGACUCAGGGUCCAGUCCAUGCUCUGUGGUGUUGGAGAGGUUGUCUUGAAGAUAUUAGUCUUACUAAAUCUCAGUUUCCUGUUUACUGAUUAAUGUGUAUGCACAUGACUAACAUUCCUUAGACUAUUUUUUCAUACUGUUUUCAACACAUAAGAAAAAGCAUGUAUUUCAGCAUAUUUUGAUGACUUUAUAUGCUCUUUUUACAGUCUCAGUUUUUCAUGUUGUUCUGGAAAAUUGACAUAAUUCAGCCCUAUUGGUAUUCAAGAUAACAAAGUGUUGUGAGGUUUAGAAUGAAACAGGAAAGGGUCUCUUUAUUCCUUACUCUCAAUAAUUUUCUCUCCCAAAUUGUUGUGUGAAAAAACAGGAGUGGAAACACUGCUCACAUGGUUAUUUCCAUACCUCUCCAUUUGAUCAGUCUGUCAACAUCCUUGUUCUGUUUCUAGCAUCAGGCUUCUCUCUGUGACUGUGGAGCUUUGAGUCUUUCAAAAUCUGAUUAAGGAGCAUAGGGUGAUCACAUCCUUUGUGAUCUGAAGAGAGCAUUGCUUAUAGUUUUCCAGAAUUAAAAGAAAUGAAAGAUGGAAUCUCAAUAUUGUGUAAACUCUGUACAGAGAGUAUAGCAUUUUUAGUUUGUGGAAUGUUUUCAUAACUUAUGUCUUUCAUUUUUGUUCAGAGCAACUCUGUGAAGAAGGUUUAGCAAAGUCUGUGCAUGUUUCAUAUUAUGAUUCAGCCAACUCACAUUCCAACUGCUUUUGGCUAUGACUGACAAUUCUAUAUAUAGCUUCACAAAAGAAGAAAUGUUUUUCACCUCUCCUGUCUGCAACUUUCAAGAUUCACUCUCCUCUGUCAUAACUGGUUGCUUUGUUCCAACUUAAUUGGUUUCUGUUGGCUUCUGCUUACUUUUUCUAUAGUCUAAUUCCUUGCCUAUGCAUCCUAGUCCUUACAUACCUUUCUUUUUUGUUUGUUAGAGGAUAGAUAUUUUUCCUGUGACCUGUCCCUUCAACAUUUUCCUCAUGGCACAUUUUCUUCCAGUGCCAGCAUUCAUUGAGUGUGUAUUAUAGUUCUGUGUGUACAGUAAAAAGCUAUUUUCUGAGCUUAAAUAAUAAUGUGUGUAUAUAUGAUUCAAAGCAUAAAGGAGAUUAUUUUUUAUGCUGUUCAAAUGAGAAGUGAAUUUCUGUUUCAUUGUUUCUAUUUAAAAAGUUUUUGCCAGGGAGUUCUGCUAAUACUUUCUUAUCUGUUCUAGUGUACUAGUCUAGUAGCAUUUGCAUGUAGAUGUCUAUGGAUGACAGACUUUGGAAAUGCACUAAAAAUUUGCCACUAUGAAAUGUUUCUUUGUUGUGUGUAUGUUGGUAUUUAUACACACCCACAGAUACUCACAAAUAUUUUAAAAAUGGUUGUACUCAUUUAGUGAAAAUGAAAAGUAGACAUACUUUUAUAAAUCAAAGAAAUGCUUAGAAUUUUAUUUUGUCUACCCAUUUGACAGCUUUCCAUGUUUGCGUUGGAACUAUUUGUAUUCAUAAACUAUAUUUCAAAAGUGUUAUUCAUUUGAAAGUUUCUAAAUAGACCACUAUUUUUUUGUGUUUGGCAAAUAAGUCUGUCAAGGAUGAGCUGAAUACACAAGUCAUGAAAAUAAAUUUAUAAACAUGAAGGUAAAUUAAUGCUGUGAUUUUUAUUUAUUUAUUUAAUUCCUUAAAGUAACUUUUUUUUCCAAUAAGGAAGCAUAAACUAUAUUUUCCCUAUUUACUCCUAGAACUUUCAAAGGGCAAAUGCUACUUUUCUUAAAGAUAGCAGAUUUUAUUUGUCCAUGUCCUCACAAAGUUUCAUUGAACUAAGUUUUUCAAAUUCUUUCUAUUUAAACUUUUUUUAAAUAGCAAAAUGUUGAACAGCUUUGUGUUUUUAAGGUAAGAAGGCUACUUUCUGUUGCUGGUGGAAUAAAAUUGUCAGCACUCCUUUUUAAUAAUAGUGAAUGGUUAAUUUUAUCACUUUAUUUUCCUUUCCUUUUGCUUCUCUUUAAUUUUUGGUUUAUUUUGCUGACUGAAAAAUCAGUAACAAAAUAGCUUAAAAGGAAUUCUGUUUCUAAGGACUCUAUUGAUCAUAUUGAUCUUGAAGUAAAGUAUUUGGGCCUUUAGUUGAGGAUGUGGUGCAGUGGUAGAACAGUUGCCUAGCCAAUAUAAAGAAUUUGAUUUUAUCACCACAAAAAAUGUGUGUGUGUGUAUGUAUGUGUAUACCACAAAAGCACAUGUGCGUGUCUAUGUUUUUAUAUAGAUGUACUUUUGUGGGUCUUGUGUUUGUCAGUCAAUACAAUGAAAGAGUACUUGAGCAGUAACCAUGAAUCAUAGACUAUGAUAACAUUUCCUUUAUGUUCCUAUUGAGGAAACAGAUGUGGGUGCAAAUUGUAAGCUGGAUAUUGCACUGCACUUAUUUAAAAUUAACAAUUAUUUAUGCACAUAAAAUAUUGAUUCUUUGAACAGUAUAUAUAUAUAUAUAUAUAUAUAUAUAUAUAUAUAUAUAUAUAUAUAAAACUUUGAUCUUUAAGCAAAUCACAUUUGAUAGGUGGAGAUAGAAAAUUAAUGUAUUAUACAGUUACAGAGUAAAAACAAGUUUAAUUUGGUAUCAGAAUGAUGCAAAGGUGACAAAGAGUGAUGUGAAAUUUGUUAAGAACAGAUAUGAGAGCCUGUAAAUGUUUUAAUAGAGAAGCCAGUGAUAAUGAUGUCUUUAAUUUAAUAGUGGUUACAAUGAAGUGUGAAGCUAUGAGUGCUGUCAGUGAGUUUGAAAGAGAAGGCAAAUAUAUUAGAGAUAUUUUUGAGAUUUCCCUAGCACAUGAAGAGAGACUAUAAUUUAAUAUUUUAGCAAGACAGACAUAGAUGUUACUAUAGAAAGGCUGACAAGAGAAACUGGGAAUGGUAGCUCACAUUUCCUUGGGAAUUGUAAUAGAAUGAGAGGAGUAAGGAAGAGCAUGCAAGUUUGGUGUAUUUAAUUAAAUGACAAGUGAUGACACAGUUAUUCAUAAGCUGUCAAUAUUGUUGUUUAUUCCAACUGUGUAUAGCAGCAGAAGGCCACUUCCUCUUGGUUCCUUCAGGCAUUCUGUGAACUACCUACACGUAGUACAAGAGGUAUUUUCAUCAGAUCUGCGAUUGACUAGUAGGCAGUGAUUAGUCUUAAGGACUGUAAAGUACUUGAAUUUUAGCCAGUACAAUUGAGAAUUAAAUUCUUAAUUUAUUUUUAAGCUUUAAUUUGAAAACUGUGGCAAUGUAAAAUAUCGAUUUUCUGUUAUGACCAACUCUAUUGUUCUGGGAGGCUUACAUUUCACUUUGGCCAUGGGAAAUAUUUUCUUUUGUUCACUUUUCUUUUUAAAAGAAUUUUUACAUUCAGUCAUGAAAAAAAUUGAUAUCCAAAUUGAGAUAUAUUGUCAAUGUAAAAUAAAAACCAUAGUAUAAACAUUUAAAUAUUUUAUUACUGAUUACAUGAAUAAUAUUUUGACAUAUUUGUUUAAAAUACUAGAAUUAAUUUUCCAGUUUAUUUUUAUUAUUUAUAUUUGUUUUAAUUACUUGAUUUUUUUGAGACAGGGUUUCUCUGUGUAGCCCUAGCUGUCCUGGAACUUGCUCUGUAGACCAGGCUGGCCUCAAACUCAGAGAUCACCUGCCUCUGCCUCCCAAGUACUGGGAUUAAAGGCAGGUGCCACCACCUAGCUAAUUGCUUGAUUUUUUUUGUGAUAGGAUAUUGCUGUGUAGGAUAUUGCUGUGUAGUCCAGGCUAGUCUCAAAUUUGCUUCAACCAUUUAAGUUCUGAGAUUAUAGGCAUGUACCAAUACACAAAAUAUUUUUACUUUCUUAAUGUAGCUACUAGAAAAUGGAAAAUUAUGUAAAUAACUCUUGCCAUACCUGCAAAAAUAAAGUAAAAUAUAAAAUUAUACUGUAGGCUCUCCUUUUAGUAACUAUAUCAGUCUAGUUGUUACUUACCUCCCUCAGGCUGCUGUAUGUCAAAAUGAGGUAUUCUACCUCUCCUGUUUGUUUGAGGCUCUGUUUUUAAAAAAAUCAGUCAGUAGUUUACUUUAUGCUUAAGGUAAAUAAUGACAACAACAAAACCUUAGUGUGUUAUAAAGGACUGCAUUAUAAUGUGAAGGACAGUAUUUUGUCACUGAUUUCAGCAAUUACUUUAUUAGCAUAUAAAUAUUAUGUUUCCUUGCAGCAGUUUCCAAACAGAAUCUUUGUUGUUUCUUUUCCCCCAUUCCCAUUCUCUAAUGUGUAUUUUCAUACUUUUGUAUUUUCCCUCCUUCCCCAAACCCUGGUUGCAUCCUAUCUAGCUUCAUAAUCUAUACUCACUCUCAUACCUCCUUAUUUACAUACAUACAAGCAUCAAAAGUUAGGAUCUGCAAAUGAAAGAAUAUAUGAUUUUUUUUUUUUUUUUGGUUUUUCGAGACAGGGUUUCCCUGUGUAGCUUUGCGCCUUUCCUGGAACUCACUCGGUAGCCCAGGCUGGCCUUGAACUCACAGAGAUCCGCCUGGCUCUGCCUCCCGAGUGCUGGGAUUAAAGGCGUGCGCCACCACCGCCCGGCGAAUAUAUGAUUUUUUAUAUGAGUCUUAGUCACCUUGCUUAAUAUAUUUUGCAAUUCUAUCCAUUUUCCUGCAAAACUUCAUGAUUCAACUUUAUCUGUAGGUGAAUAUAAUUCAAUUGUGUAUGAGCCAUGUUUUCAUUAUCUAUUUAUUAGUUGAAGGACAUCUAGGCUGUUUUAAUUUUCUUGCUACUUUGAAUAAUACAGCAAUAAACAUGCAUAUGCAGUCAUUCAAAGUAGGAUAUAGAGUUCUUUGAGAAUAUGCCUGGGAGUGCAUAUUCCUGGAUCAUAUGGUAGUUCAAUGUCUAGCUUUUUGUUGUUGUUGUUUGUUUGUGUUUUGGAGACAGGGUUUCAUUGUAUGACAGAUCUAGUUGUUCUGGAACUCAGAACAACUGAGUUUGUAGACCAGGCUGGCUUUGAACUCACAGAAAUCCACCUGACUCUGCCUCCUGAAUGCUAGGAUUAAAGGCAUGUGCCACCUUGCCUGGCUCUAUUAUAGCUUUUGGAAGAUCCUCCACACUGAUUUCUGUAGUGGCUGUACCAGUUUGUACUUCCACCAAUAAUGAAUAAGUGUUCCCCUUUCUCCACAUCCAUGCCAGCAUUGAUCAUCAUCAUUCUUUUUUUUUUUUAGCUUUAGCCAUUCUAAGAGUUAGAUGAAAUCUCUAGGUAGUUUUAAUUUGCAUUUACCUAUUGGCUAGGGAUGUGCAACAUUUAAAUAUAUAUAUUUCUCAGCUAUUUGUAUUUCUUCUUUUGAGAAUUCUCUGUUUAGUUCCAUGUCCUAAAUUUAAUUAGCUUGUUUCCUUGGUGUUCAGGAAUUUUUCUAAGAUUUAUUUAUAUAUUAUAGACAAUUUUCUGUCAAGUGUAUGACUUGUAAAGAUUUUUUUCUCCAAUAUGUAGACUGCCACUUCUUUUGAAUGAUAGUGUCUUUUGCCAUACAAAGCCUUCUUAUUUCCAUGCAGUCUCAUUUGUCAACUUUACUCUUAAUGCUUGUACUACCAUGGUCCUGUCUUGUUCUGAAAGUACAUUCCUGUGUCUAUGAGUUCCUUACUUUCGCCUCUUUCAGAUUGAGGGUAUCAGGUGUUAUGAUGAGCUCCUUGAUUUAUUUGGACUUGAGUUUUACAAGGGUGUGAGAUAAAGAUCUAGCUUCAUUCUUCUACAUGUUUGUAGUUUGACCAGUACCAUUUGUUGAAGAUGCUGUCUUUUCUCCAGUGUAUAUUAUUGUCCUCUUUCUCAAAAUUCAGAUGACCAUUGGAGCAUAGGUUUAUGGAUGAGUCCUCAAUUCUAUUUAUCUGUGUGUCUGUUUGUAUGCCAAUACUUUUAAGGUUUUAUUACUAUACCUCUGUAGUAUAAUAGAAAGCAGGGAUGGUAAUACUCUCAGUGGGGUUUUUAUUUAGGAUUAUUUCAAUUAUCCUGGGUCUUUUAUAUUUCCAUAUGAAUUUUGAAGUUACUUUUCCUUUCUGUGAAGAAAUGGAAAAGUUUUAGACUUUUGAUGGGGAUUGCAUCAAAUCUGUAUAUUGCUUUUGGUAGGAUAUCCAUUUUUACAAAAUAUAAUCCUACCAAUCCAUGAACAAGAGAGGUCUUCCAUCUUCUGAUGUCUUCUUCAGUGCCUUUAUGCAAUGCUUUAGAGUUUUUAAUUUAUAAACAUUUCAUUUGCUUGGUUAGAGUUAUUCCAAGAUAUUUUAUUUUACUUUAAUAUAUUUUAUUUUUGAGGCUAUUGUAAAAGGUAUUAUUUCCCUCAUUUCUUUUCAGUACAUUUGUCAUUUUUAUAUAGGAAGACUACUGAUUUUUGUGUGUUGAUUUUGUAUCCUAUUACUUUUGGCUGUAGAAUUUCAUGGUGGAGUCUUUGGGGCCUUUUAUGUAUAAAAUAAUCUCCAAACAAGAUUACUUUGACUUCUUCCUUUCCUAUUUGUAUCUUUGUUAUCUCCUCUUGUCUUAUUGCUGUAGCUGAGAGUUCAAGCAGUAUUUUGAACAGGUGUAGAGUGAGUGGAGAUCAUUAUCUUGUUCUUGACUUUGGUAAAAAUGGUAGGAGUGUUUUUCCAUUUGGCAUGAUGUAAACAGUGGGCUUGUAUACUGCUUUCAUUAUGUUGCGGUACAUCCCUGUAUCCCUAGACUCUCCAGUACUCAUGAAGGGAAGUUGAAUUUUUGUCAAAUGCCUCUUCUGCAUCUCCUGGUAUGAUCAUGUGAUUUCUGUCCUUUAUUCUGAUUAUGUGGUAGAUUACAUUUAUUGAUUUAUGCAUGUGGAACCAUCCUUUCCAUUUCUGGAAUGAAACUGAUUUUAAGUGGUGGGUGAUCUUUUUGAUGUUUUCUUGAAUUUAGUUUGUAUUUUAUUGAGAGUUUUUCAAUCUGUGUUCAUCAGGGACAUUGGCCUAUAACACUCUUUUUAUUAGGUUUUAAUCUACUUUAGCAUCAGAGUAAUACUGGUUUUGUAAAAUGAAUUCGGAAGUAUUUCUUGCUUUUCUAUUUUAUGGGAUAAUUUGAGCAGUUCGUUGAAGGUCUAUUAGAAUUCUGUGCUGAAUUCAUCUGGUCCUGGGUGUUUUUUAGUUUGGAGGUUUUUAAUUACUGCUUCUAUCUCAUUGGUUGUUAUGGCUGAGUUGCAAUUAUUUACUCUAUUUUGGUUUAACUUUGGUAGGGUAUAUGCAUCUAGAAAUUCAUCUACUUCUUUUAUAUUUUCCAGUUUAGUGAAGUACAACAUUUUAAAGUAUGUCCUUACGAUUCUAUGAAUUUUCAGAGUCUGCUGUAAUAUUUCCCUUUUCAUAUCUAAUUUUAUUAAUUUGUGUCUUAUUUGUUUCUUUUGGUAAAUUUGGCUCAAGCUUUUUUAAUCAAGUUUGUAGCAGGCUUUCUUGGACUGUCAGCCCCAAACCUUGACAGGGAGACAUUAUUAAUUGUGAACAUUUGCCCAUAGCUUAGGCAUAUUUCUAUCUAGCUUCUUAAACUUAAAUUAACCCAUUUCUAUUAAUCUGUGAGUUUCCCUGAGGCUAGUUUAUCUCAUCUACAUACUGUCCAUCCUGCUUCCUCCAUGUCUGGCUGACUGUGUCCUGGCUGACUGGCCUCCCUUUUUUCUCUGCCCACUAGCCCUGCCUGUCUAUCCUCUGUCUAGCUAUUGGCCAUUCAGCUUUUUAUUAGACCAGUCAGGUGCCUUAGGCAGGCAAGGUAAAACAGCAACACAUCUUUACAUAGUUUAACAAAUAUUCUGCAACACAAAUGUAACACAUCUUUACAUGGUUAAGCAAAUAUUCUAUUCCACAGCACAAGUUCAUCUUUACAAAGAACUCUUUGUUUCUUGAUUCUUUCUAGUUUAUUUUCAUAUCUAUUUGAUUAAUUUCAGCCCUGAUUUUGGUUUCUCUUCAUAUCUACUUUGUUGUUGUUCUUGUUUUUCCAAAUCUUCAGGUGCAUUAUUGUUAAUUUGAGGUUUCUAAUAUUUUCUUCAUGUAGAUAUUAUGCUAUAAACAUUCUGUUAGAACUGCUAUCAUUGCAUCCUAUAGAUUUGGGUAUUGUUGUUGGUUGUUUUUUACUCUUUUGGCUCUUUGGGGGGGGGGGCCAUCAACCAGCUCCCAAAUAAAUACAUGGAAUCUUAUUAUUUUUUAUGAAUGCCCAGCUUUAGCUUGACUUGUUUCUAGCCAGUUUUUCUUAAAUUAUCCCAUCUACCUUUUGCCUCUGGGCUUUUACCUUUCUCUAUUUCUGUGUAUCUUUUCUUUCACUCUUACUCGGUGGCUGCCUGUGGGGUUGGGUGGCCGGUGCCUGGAGUCUUCCUCCUUUUCUUGCUCCUUUUUCUCUCUUCUUGCUCCUCCUUAAUCUUCUUUGUCUCCUAUUUAUUCUCUCUGCCUGCCAGCCCCACCUAUCCUCUCUCCUUCAUAGCUGUUGCCAUUCAGCUCUUUAUUAGACCAAUCAGGUGUUUUAGACAGGCAAAGUAACACAGUUUCACAGAGUUAAACAAACGCAACAUAAAAGAAUGCAACACAUCUUUGCAUCAUUAAACAAAUAUUGCAUAGUAUAAACAAAUGUAACACAUUUUAAAAUAAUAUUCUACAACAUUUCCUGAUUUUUGUCUAAAUAAAAAUGAAAGGUUUUAACUUCAACAUAGCAAAACUAUAUACAACAAAACAGUUAACAAGUAAGAACUACAUUUACAUUAUUCAGUCCAUUUGUAUUUAACAAAUUCAGAGAAAACAUUCCACCAUCCAUCCCAUCCUAGUGACUCUGAAGUUUUACACCUAAUUUACUUUCUUUCAUAAUUAAGGAAAUCUGCAGCUAUAACUAUUUAGCCUUCAACUCCAUCAAAGACCCAGAAGGACAUAAUAUUAUCUAUAAACAGCAGUUUCCAAAACUCUAGAAAUGACAGAGACAUCUGACUGCCUGGACAGUCACCCAAAGAUCCUCUGCAAUGUUGGGGUAUCCAUCUUCAGUCUACAGGCCCAGAGUAUCUGGCAGACUUUUUAGUGAAACAUGAAAUUUGAAGGACUAUGCUGCCUUGUAUUGGCAAAGUUCACUAGUCACUGUCCUCUGUGUCCUGCAGACUAUCUGGCAAACUCUUCUGUGAAGCAGGAAAUUUGAAGGACUGUCCUGCCUUGUAUUGGCAAAUUUUGUCAGUUGCUUUCCUCUGUGUCCUGCAGAAUGUCUGGCAGACACUUCCAUGAAGCAGGAACCCUGAAGGACCAUCCCACCUUGUUUUGGCAAAGUUCAGCAGUCACUUUCCUGUGGGUCCUGCAUGUCCAGUCUGUAUACCACAUUAUCAGCCAUCAAAGGCAAGAGCAGUUUCUUUGCCCAAAUGGCUAAUCUUGCCUCCUUGAAAGCAAACUCCUAUGGAGUUUCUUCAAUGCCUAUCAUUUUUCUCUGAUGUAAAUUGGUGCUGCCAGGAGCAGAUGUGUCUCAUUGUCAUGAAAAACAUUAUGUUAACAAAACAUUUUAAAUGCCAUAUUCUGUAGGUUUCUAAAGUGUUUGAAGACCAUAUAUCUAUAUGAAUAUAUCUCUAUAUGAUCUUGAAAACACACCUAAUAUAUCUACAAAUUUGAUUGUUAUAAAUGACUAACUACUAACCUGUGCUUCUUGAUUAUCCUAAAUAGUUUAUAAUAAUAGCUUUCAAAAACGAGAAUUUUGGGGUUGGGGAUUUAGCUCAGUGGUAGAGCGCUUGCCUAGCAAGUGCAAGGCCCUGGGUUCGGUCCUCAGCUCUGGAAAAAAAAACCUAGAAUUUUACCUUACAUUUUUAAAUGAACUGCAUAGGUACAAUAUCUUAAACAAGAGUAGAAACAUAUUUACAGUGUUAUGAAAAUAACUUUAAAUUUGUAUCAAUAUACUGUAUUCUUCUAAAUGGUAACAAACAUCCAUAACCCACCAAAUAACCAAAGACCACCCACACACUCCAACUCUUGGGAAUGUGGGCAUCAUUUUCUCUAGACUGCUUCAUGUUGUUUGUGGGCAAAGGCAUUGUUAAGGGUCCCUGAGAAAAUUUGAGAUAAUGGCCAUGUCCUGGGAAGACCAGGUAUAAACUUUCUUGAUAGAUUUGUCUGUCAAGUUUCAGAAGAUCUCCUUUGAUCUAACCCAAUCCAUAUUAACGUAGGACGAAUUCAUAGCCUCUUGUUUUCUAUAGAAACAAAAACAAAACCACGUCUCUAAAGCAUUUUUAACUUCUAUUUGACAAAUACAUUUUUGACUUCUCUUUUAAAGUUAAGGCAUUCCUAAAGUAUCUAGGUUGGUUCAACUUAGCAUUCCAGUUUAUAAUCCCAUUUCUCCUAGCAACUGUCUUUUGCCUAUCAGUAUUAAAAAAAAAAAUUCAAAAUCAACACAAUAACGCACAGGAUCCAGAUUCCUUGUGUAUUUCCAUUGUUAAGUGGCUUACUCUUUUUAAAUUACUCUUUAAAGACUUUAUUAUUUUUAAAUGAUUUCUUUCUUUGUAUGACUGUCCAUACCCCUUUUCUUUCUUUCUUAAGAUUACACACAUUGCAAAACACACUGGAACCUGUUUAGAGAUUUUUCCAUCUGGACCUCUUUUACUGGGUAUCUUUUAGCUUUUUUUUGACUGUGUGAGCAAACUUUAAACCACUAUGCUACAACUGGGUCUUUUGCAUGUAGUUCUAUUGUCUGGCUCCACCUGCUUCUUGGUUCUUGAAACCUGGUCAGAGGUGCAUUACCAGGAACUGCAUUCAACCUUCCUAUAGCUCUAGAAUGCCAAUGCUUGCACUGAAACAGAUGUUUAUACUUAUUUUUGUUCCUACCUAGAGUGCUGACCUUUGAAGUGAGAAGUCUGAAAUGGCACUAUUGUUUUUCCUGAACUUUGAGAAGAGGCAAUCAGACAACUUCAGUAUGGCUCAACUGAGAAGCCCUUGCUGAGUAAAAAAAUGUAGCAUAUUUUAAAAUAAUAUUCUACAACAGGGUAUGCUGUGUUUUAAUUUUCAUCCAUUUCCAGGAAUUUUUAAAUUUCAUUCUUCAUUUUUUCCUCAACCUAAUUCUCAUUCAGCAACGUAUUUCAUAGUCUUUAUAAGUUUGUGUACUCUCUGUCGUUCCUCUUGUUGUUGAUACCUAGCUUUAUUCCAUUAUGGUCAGAUAGAAUCAGGAUGUUAUCCCAGUUUUCCUGUACUUGUUGAGACUUGCUUUGUGUCCUAAUACAUGAUUAGUUUUGGAGAAAGUUUCAUAAGUUUCUGUGAAGAAUAUGUAUUCUUUACUGUUUCAGUGGAAUGUUCUGUAGAUAUAUUAGGCCCAUAUGAGUAAUGGUAUCAUGCAACUCUAGUGUUUGUUGAUGUAGCUUUUGCCAGAUAUCCUGUCCAUUGGUGAGAGUAGAGUAUUGAAGUCACCCAUAUAUCCCAUGUUGAGCUUAUUUGUGGUUUUAGAUAUAAUAUUACUUCUUUUAUAAAAUAAGGUACACCUGUUUAGGUGCAUGUAUAUUGGUAAUUAUAAUAGCUUCUUGGUGGAUUGUUCCUCUGAUGAGUAUGAAGUAUCUUCCUUGCCCUUUUUGACUAAUUUAAGUUUGAAGUCUGUUUUGUCAACAAUUAGAAUUGCUACACCUGUUUGUAUAUUACCUUCAUUUGCUUGAAGUACCCUUUUCCAUCAUUCUAUGCUAAGGUUAUGUCUUUGAUGGUAAAAUGUAUUUCUUUGAGGCAGAGAAAAACUAGAUCAUGUUUUCUAAUCCAGUUUUCUAAUCUGUGUCUUUAUUGGGGAAUUGAGUCCACUAAUAUUUAGAAUUGUUGUUGAAAGAUGUGUAUACUUGUCAUUAAACUGAUUUUGUGGUGAUUCUUUGACCUUUUUUGUUCUAUUGUCCUGGUGUUAUUUAUUUUUCAUUGGUUGUGUUUAUUCUUCUUUUUUGACUGAAAUAGUCCCUUCAAUAUCCUCCAUAGAGUUGGCUUAGUGGUCAUAAAUUCUUUUAAUUUGUUCUUGUGGAAAUUUUUAUUUCUCUAUGAAUUUUCAUAGUUUUGCUGGAUGUAAUAUUCUGGAUUGACAGUUGUGUUCUUUCAGAACUUGAAACACUUUUCCCAUGCCUUUCUGACUUUGAAAUUUCUGUCAGAAAAUCAGGAGUAAUUCUGGUGGGCCUGCCGUUAUAAGUGACUUGACCUUUUCCUCUUGAAGUUUUAUUUUUCUUUAUUCUGCUUUUAAUAUUCUAUUAUAAUAUAUUGUGGAGAGUGUCUUUCCUGGUCAUAUCUGUUUGGUGUUUUGGAAGCACCAGUAUGCACAUUUCUUUUUCUAACUGUGAACAUUUUGAUAACGUGAUUUUACUGAAAAUAGAGUCUAUGUCAUAAUUAUCCUUUUCUCAUGCCUAUAAUCUGAAAGUUAGGUCUUUUCAUGGUAUUCAAGAGUUUUCCCUUCUUCUGUUCAUGGGAGGUUUUGUUUGUUUACCUGUAAAACAUCACUAAAUUUUAAAGUGAUAUAGUUUCUCUACUUUGUCUUCCAGCUUUGAUUCUUCCCAUGGUCCAUUCUAUUGGUGAGAUCUGGAACUGAGGCUUUUAUUUGGCUUAUGUAGUUUUUCACAUUUGGCAAUAUUUCAGUUUAGUUUUUCUUCAGUAAUUCUGUAUCUUUUUGAAUUCUGUUUUCAUAUCGUGUAUUAGCUUCCUUACUUCAUUUAUCUCUGACUUUUUACUGUGAGUUUUCUGAAACCAGUUUUCAUUGUCUUUUGAAUUUCUUGUCUGCCAGUUCUUCAAGGCCAUUCUCCUUGAUUUCCAUUAUUAUGGGACUAAUAAUUUUUGGAGGACACAUGUCUUGGAUUUUUAUGAGGAUUUUUUUUUCUAUUUUUGUGCCAAGAUUUGUGCAUUUGGAGUUAGUUGGUUGAAUGAGAAUGUGGGCCUGGGGAUGACUGUCUGGGGAGUGUUUGCCAAUCAGCACCAGGAGCUGGAGAAACUGUGCAAGUGGGCAGGGUAAUCAGGGUUCAAGAUACUUUAUUGGAACUUAAAUUUAUUUUAUUGAUCCAGUACAUAAAUGAAUAAAAUUUGUUUAUUGCUCUAGGGACUGGAGCAACAAGGGAAGUGUAGGCAGAGUAGUUGAGGCCUGGCUUUCCCUUGUCUCUCAUGCAGAGCUGGGCAAAUUGGGAGGUUCAUGUUGAAUGAUUGGGGUCUGGUGGGUUCUUAUUUCUAUAUGGUAGGACCUAGGAAGAUUAGGAAGUAUAUUUUUAAAAGAUUAUAAAAUUAGCUGGGCGGUGGUGGCACACACCUUUAAUCCCAGCACUCAGGAGGCAGAGGCAGGUGGAUCUCUGUGAGUUGGAGGGCAACAUGAUCUAUAGAGUGAGUUCAAGGACAGGCACCAAAACUACACAGAAAAACCUUGUCUCAAAGAACAAAAGAAAGAUUAUAAAAUUAUUUGUGUGUGUGUGUGUGUGUGUGUGUGUGUGUGUGUGUGUGUGUGAGUGAGAGAGAGAGAGAGAGAGAGAGAGAGAGAGAGAGAAACCAUUACAUCAUCUUGAUCAGUUGGUUGUUUGAUUAGUGUUCAGAGACCUUUAUUUCUUCUGAGUAAUUUUACUGUGUAGUCGACUUUGUCACAUAUGUGUAUUGCUAAUCCUGAUUGUCUCCACAAUGCAACUGCUUGGCGUAUCUCUUUCCAUGUUUUUUGUUUUUGGCUUUUCUUUUACUCUAGCUCCACAUUGGAAUGCCACAAUGUUGUUUGUUUUUGCUCUUUUGGGUGGCCCACCACCCAGCUCCCAAAUAAAUCACACAUGGAGGCUUAUUCUUAAUUAUAAAUGACCAGCUUUAGCUUGGCUUAUUUCUAGCCAGCUUUUCUUAUCUUAAAUUAUUCCAUCUGCCUUUUGUCUCUGGGAUUUUUCCUUUUCUUACUUCUGUAUAUCUUACUUCCACUCUUACUCCGUGGCUGGCUGGGUGGCUGGGUGGCUGGCCACUAGCAUCUUCCCCUCCUUGUUCUUUUGCUUUCUUUUUCUCCCAGAUUUCUCCUUCUAUCUAGUCUCCACCUGCCAGCCCUGCUCCACUGUUGACCAUUCAGCUCUUUAUUAGACCAUCAGGUGUUUAGACAGGCAGAGUAACACAGCUUCACAGAGUUAAACAAAUGUAAAAUAAAAGAACUUGCAACAAAUCUUUGCAUCAUUAAAGAAAUUUUCCACAGCAUAAACAAAUCUAACAACCCUAAAAUAAUAUUCUACAAAGUUUUUGCUUUCAUUCUGUGUCUUUGACAAUGUGGUGUGUAUUGUGGGUAGCCAUUCCACCUUUGACCUGGAAGUACUACCCCCAUUGCGGCUUCGGUAACUGUCACACCUACAAGGUGGAGCCAAGACAGGACCCCUAAAGACCCGAGAUCCGGAUGUGCCAGCUCUCUUGGUUCCUGAAUCCUGGACGCUGGAGGUAGACCAAGCAGAGUUCUCCAGAGAACACCGCUGGACUGCGCUACACCUUUCCCAGACCUUGUAACCUAUCCCUUCACUUGUAAGUUACCCCACAAAAUAAACCUCCCUUUUAACUACGUAGAGUUGCCUUAAUAUUUAAAUCAAUAGUAGUGUCUCUUGCCAUUUAAUCCAAUCAGCUAGUGUGUAUCUCUUAGUUGUAAAACUGACAGAACUAACUUUGGGGGUUAUUACUGAAACAUAUUCACUGAUUCUUGUAAUUUUGUUCAUUGUUUACAUGGUUCAAAUCUUUUCUUUCUCCCUUUUUUUUAUUUUAGGAGCUUGGUUGCUGUCUUGAACAUGUUUGAUUUUUUUUUGUUGUUGUUCUUGUUUACUCCUUUCAUAAAGUUUAUUCUUUCUUGAGCACCUUUACUUGCAACUGUCUUUCUCCUCUGUGUGUAUAAUUCCUUUAAGUAUCUAACAUACUGGGUGAGUGGUCAUAAAUUGCUUUACUUUGUACCUAUCUUGGGUGGUAUUUAUUUCACCACUGGUUUUAAAAUAUAACUCUUCUGGGAGCUCAGGAAAGGGUAGUAACUGUGUCCAAAACAUAUUGUAUGAAUUUCUUAAACAAUUAGUAAACAAAAAUUCUCAAAAAGAUAAUUCACCUGAAUAUAGUAAUCCUGUUGGACAUUUAUUUACUUGCACAGCUUAGAUUACAUUAUUUAUUACUGUUCUGGAUUUUUGGUAUUUCUACCAAGAUAAUGUUAUUCUAAUGAGUUUCCCUUUGUAUGUAAGCUGACAGUUUUCUUUUGUAUCUUUUAAUAUUGUUUUUUGUGCUUUUAGUGUUUUAACAAUGUAACAGAGAGGUUUGUAGCAGGCUUUCUCAGACUGCCAGCUCCCAAAUAAUGACAUGAAGACUUAUUAUUAGUUAUGAAUGCUCAGCCUUAUCUUAUGUUUGUCCCAUUAGCUCUUAUAAUUUAAUUUAACCUGUUUCUCUUCAUCUAUGUUUUGCCUUGGGGCUUUUUACCUUUCUUUCAUUCUCUGUGUCCUACUUUUCCUGCUUCUUCCAUGUCUGGCUGGCUGAUGGCUGCCUGGCUCACUGGCCCUGGGCAUCUCCCUCUUUUUCUCUCUCAUUCUCUCUUCUCGAGCCUAGAUUCCUCCUCCUACUUAUUCUCUCUGACCACCAGUCCCACCUAUCCCUCUCCUGCCUAGCUAUUUGCCAUUCAGCUUUUUAUAAGGCCAAUCAGGUGCCUUAGGCAGGCAAAGCAACACAUCUUUACAUUGUUAAACAAAUGCAGCAUAAAUGAAAGCAACAUCUCUUCACAUCAUUAAACUAAUGCAGCAUAAGCAAAUGUAACACACCUUUACAUAGUUAAAGUAAUUUUCCACUUUAAGUGGUGUAAAUGCCUCCAGUACUUGUAUCCAUAUCAUUCUCUGUCUUUUAGAAAAAUUUAUGGUAUAGUUUCACUGAAUAGACUUUUUGUGCCUUUUGUUUGCUUCUCAGCUCCCUUUACUCCUUGAAUUGUUAGGUUUGUCUAUUCUGCAUGUCUUAAAGCUUUUGAAAGUGACAAUCCAUAGUCCUAGUGUCUCCAACAUUCUUAUGUCUCCCUGGCAACUUAGACUUUACCUUCACAUUUUCAUGUAAUGGUAUUAAGUCUUCUCUGCAGGGACCCCAACCCUAUUGAGGCAGCAUGAGCAGCUGUAGCCUGCACAGGUCUGCACCAGCUCCUCUGCAUAUAUAUUAUGGCUUCCAGUUUAGUGUUUCUAUGGGAUUCCUGAGUAUGUGAAUGAGUGGGUCUCUAAUCCUUGUGCCUUCUCUUGGGCUCUUUUCCUCCUUUGGUUUGUCUUGUCCAAUUUCAGUGUGAUGGUUUUUGUUUUAUUUUUAUUAUACUUCAUUUUGUUAUAUUUUAGUCUUAUCUCUUAGACGCCUGUUCUUAACUAAUGAUAGACAGAAAGGGAGUGGAUCUGGAGAGGAGGGGAGGUAGGAAGGAACUGGGAAGUGUUGUGGAAUAUUAUUUUAAGAUGUGUUACAUUUGCUUAUGCUGUGGAACAUUUGUUUAAUGAUGCAAAGAUGUGUUGCAUUCUUUUAUGUUGCAUUUGUUUAACUCUGUGAAGCUGUGUUACUGUGCCUGUCUAAAACACCUAAUGGUCUAAUAAAGAUCUGAAUGGACAAUAGCGAGGCAGGAAAAGGAUAGGUGGGACUGGCAGGCAGAGAGAAGAAAUAGAAAGAGAAAUCUGGGAAGGAAAAGAUCGAGGAGAAAAGAAGAGGACCAGCCAUCCAGCCACACAACCAGACAUGGAAUAAGAAGGAAAGAAAAGAUACACAGGAAUAGAGAAAUGUAAAGGCCCAGAGGCAAAAAGUAGACAGGAUAAUUUAAGAAAAGCUGGCUAGAGACAAGCCAAAUUAAGGCCGGGCAUUCAUAAAUAAGAAUAAGCCUCCAUGUGUGGAUUUAUUGGGGAGCUGGGUGGCAGGCCCCUCAAAGAGUCAAAGAAUAAAAAUAAAAACCAACAACAGGGAAAGGUAGAGAGAGGGAAAAUCAUAGUCAGGAUAUAUUAUGUGAGAAAAUCUAUUUUCAAGAAAAGAAAAGAAAACAAAACAAAAAAGAACCAACAAUUCUCCAAACUACAGUUUCAUCUGAGCAAAUCUAUUAAAAUGUAAAUAUUUUUUCUGUGCUAAAAAAAGAAAGCAUCAUGGUCCAAUUUUUUUAUAAGAUGUGUUAGAUAGAUUUAUAGCUUAUCAAAGAAUAGGGAUAAACAGGAGGUGUGGACCCCUGUCUUCAAUAGAAGCUGGUGCUUGUUUGCCCAGGUGCUUUAAGUAUAUCUUAAGGUUAAAAAAUUAGACAGCUCCAUUACAUGACUGAACCCAUGUAUCAGGAUGCAGAAGGCAAUCGUGAAACACAGGUAUAUGGUAAAAUUGGGGUGAGGGCUAUGCUAGAGAAUCAUGAAUGUUAUAACUCUCCAAAGUACCCAGCCAGAGGAGAAGUAAGGAUAUGAAAUUAAAAUUAUGAUUAUUAAAAAUACUGUUCUAUACCAAAUUGGCAAAAGUCCCAAGCAGGAUAGCUUUCUGGCUCUGUCAUGGUUACUGCUCACUGUUCUUAUUCAGGUCUACAAUGAGAAAGAAACUAAUAUAGCAGAAAAACAUGCAAAAUGUGCCAUUUGACAGAAAUCGUUCAAUGUUGUAGAUAAAGUGAAUGCUGAGAAGGCAGAGGUAGUUGUAACAGAAAUGAAUGUCAUUAAAGAGAAGUCGAGCACUUUACACUGGAACAACAGCCACAGUGGUCUAGAGCAAGACUGUCUAUCAAACCAGCCUUUCAUUUCCUUUCUUUUGUUUGGGCUGUUCCUUGUUUGGCUGAGACGAAAAAGAAAUUGUCUUGAUUUCAUUGCUUGUCGUCCUUUGAAUUAGUUAUUAUGGAGUAAGGGUCUUGUUUCUCACAAACACUUACACAUACAUGUUUGUUGUUGCAUUAUUCACAUUAGCAAGAAAUAGAAUUAGCCUAGUUCUUCACAAACAGAUGAAUGGAUAAUGAAAAUGUGAUCAUAUUAUACAAUGGAAUUUUAUUCAACCAUAAAUCAAGGUGAAAUUGUGAAAUUUGCAGAAAAAUGGAUGGAAUAGUAAAAUAUUAUAUAAGGUAACAUGCUCAGAAAUAUAAAUACUGCAUGCCCUUUCAUAUGUGUGCAUACUAGCUUUUAACUUUCAUUUGUGUGUAUUUAUGUGAGAGUAUGUAUAUGUAGAGUCCAGAAAACUAUAAUGGAGACUAUGAGAGGGGCAAGAAGAAGCUUUAUUGAAUGUUGUGAGGAUGAUAAUAGAGCACACACUAAAAGUGGAAGAGGGAAUAUUAGGGGAGGGAGUAUAGCCGGCUGGGGGCUGGCAGGAAGAUCAAGAGAGGAGAGUGGGUGAGAGUGAGGGUCAACCCAAACUAGUUACCUAUGAAAAUCCCAUAAGAGAACCUGUUACAUUGUAUUCUAAUUAGAAAUUAAAUUAAAAUUUUAGAAAUAUUGUCA